AUGAAGCUCCACGCAUCGCUUACAUUGCUGCUUCUUCUCUCGUUGACCUCAGGGCCGUGGUUAGCCGUAGCCGGCGGCAAGGAGUCAGGAGGCCUACCUGACGGAUCCACAUGCUACUACGACAAGAACUAUACCCCCAUCAAGCCCUACUGCAAGCGAGAUUUCGGGUGUGUGGUGACCAAGGUGAUUCGCAACUCGCCGCAUUUCAAGUUCAAGGGUGAAUGCGCCUCCGACGUUCCUCUGGACCAGAUAACCAAGCGGUUCUGCAUGUUCCGCUCCGUGAUGUUCGCGCCGGGGACCAGCGGCAUCACGGCGACGUCCAUGUGCCCGCACUGCACGUGCCGGCAGCUCAAGGGCGGCCCCACAUGCUUGUGUCCGCUGGGCAAGCUGUGCAAGCAGGACGCGGUGGGGCGAUGGAAGGACGGCACGCGAUGCAGAGACACCAGGCAGAACCAGUGUGAAGUAUCACGGGUGGUGAACGGCUCAUACGUUGGCAACUGCAUCAACCCUGCUCAGGGUCCAAACGAGUGCAUCAGUGCAGGACCAGGGUGGGGUCCCAUUUUUGUGAGGAACAGGGCUCACAACAUUACCAAGACUGGUGAUCUAUGCCAACGCUGUUCCUGCAUGAAAGGACAGUUUGUCAACUGCAAGCCUGUGCCUGGAUGUGCCA